UGCAGUUGAUCUCCUAAGUGAGUACGCGUAGUGCGAAAAGUGCUUGUGCGAAUCCCUUCAAGUUAGCUGCGUUGAUUACUUAUAAGCAACAAGCGUAUCAGCGCAUUUCCCGUGUUAGUUGCUCCAGCAGGAAAACUGCAACGUCAGUGUAUGUUCAUGAAAAAGCGCCAAACUGACAAACCGCCAAAGCCCGGCAGCCUACGCUAAUUUUAGCAUUUCAUUGCUUUGGCUCCGCAGUCACUUUCCGCGCUUUACAACGAAAACAUCAAGAUGCGGACAAUUGCAGCCGUGAUUGUGGCCGCGCAUUUGGCAAUCGUUGUCGUCGAAGCCACAGUCGUGCCGCGCUCUGAACCAGUCGCUUCGGCGGAGGCUUCGCUGGCGCGUCUCAACUUCCUGGUUGGUGUGGCGCAGUUGGGCACGCUCCGCGAAAACGGCACGCGCUGUGGCAGAGAACUUGAAACUCUGCUGAAGGCUGUAGCGGCCAAAGAGUGUUGGAGCUUAAAAGUGCUCGAUUCGUUUGGUGGGCCACCGAAGUCCUUCAGUUGGGGCAAUAACCACUGGUUCGGCCCGCAGUGGCAGUGCAACGAUUUGAAUAGCCCAUAUGUUGUCGCGACCUCGUCAGAGUUUUUACGCACCUACACCUUGGAUCCGUUCAAUGUCACCAGCCCUUUUCGCAUGCGUCUCACCAUGGUGUAUAUGCGUUUCUCCACGCCCCACUUUAUCGAUUUGCGGCUUCCGUAUGAGUCUUUCAUUCAUAUCGGCCUGUGUUUGCCACAAUCCUGCUCGAGCGCCGCUCUGCGUCGCUACACGGAUGAGUACUUUCUGCGCGGUGAGUUUACGAUGCAACGCGAUUUCGAGCUCCAAAUGCAAUCGGUUGCGGCCAGAGUACCGUCAUUAGGCUGGGAUUUCUUGCAGCAAACCGGAACACUAAUUUCCAUCAUUAUUCUCAUCACUCUGGUUCUACUGAUGGCUUUAGCGGAGAUUGUUUACCGGUCGAAAGCGAAAUUGAAGCUCCAACAAAUGUGGCAUACAAAAGCUCCACACACUACUGUGAUGAUAGAUGGCGCGCACAUAACAAAUGUUCCGAUAGAGUCCGCAUAUGAAAGUACCACAGUUAAAAGCUCAACAGUUGAAGAAAUUAUAUUAUGUUUCCGCUUUACUGAGAAUUGGCAGCGCGCUUUGAAAGCCGACCGCAUGAAUUCAAAUUCAAACUUUGUGGGUGUUAUUGCCGGCGUGCGCACUGUUAUUUGCCUGUGGGUUUCCACUUUUCACGUAUACUACUAUUCGGUCUUCGCUCUAACCAAUGCGCCGAUGCUGUUCGUGGCAAUGGGAAAUUUUCUCAACCAACCGCUUUUAGAGGCCAUUUUUUUCGUGGAUGUUUUCUUUGUCAUAAGUGCGUUACUGCUCGUCUACAAUUUUCUCUCUUCCGAGUCGAGAUUGAAGGAGAUUCGACAAAAUGAUUUCGUACAGAAUUCGAAAUUAUUUGGGAAACUUCUAUUGCAGCGGUAUUUGCGACUCACGCCAAUGCUGAUUACCACAAUGCUUCUAAGCGAUGUAUUCUACGACUUGACCAACACAUAUUCACCCUUUUACUUGGGAGUGAACAGCGGGUAUUACUGCAAGCAACGCUGGUGGCACAAUGUGCUCUAUAUACAGAACUUCUUGGACAUGAAAGACAUCUGCUGCUCGUGGACUUGGUAUCUGGCGUGUGAAAUGCAGUUCUAUCUGCUCAUAACUGCUUUGCUCUUUUUGUAUGUUAAAAGUGAGAGUUUUGCCAAAGUCGUCUUCGCCGCACUUGUCUGUGGAUUUCCAGUGAUCGGUUGGCUCUGCAAUUAUCACAAUGGCAUAACAUUCGACAUUGACAAAAUACACUCCACGCUGAAUCAGCUGUACGUGAAGCCGUGGGUGCGCAUCAAUCCAUACCUCGGCGGUGCCCUUUGCGGCUGGCUACUGCACAAUCACGCCCAGCAGCGACGACACCGAUACCAUAAUCACCAACAGCAAAAUCAACAGCCGCAGCCACCGCACUCCCACUCACACUCACAAUCAGAGCCACACGUGCCAACACAACAACAACAACACCAAUCACCAAACCGACAGCCAUGUGAGUCGUCGGCGGCUACUGCAACGGUCGAUUCGUUGGCGAGCAAUAAUAUUAGUUGGUGGCGUGCGGCUUUCUGGCUUUUCGUCGGCAUCGUCUGUGCGGUGGCAAACUUCAUGAGCUACUGGCACAGCACACCCACAUGGCUGGUGGCGACAAUUAUGUCCUUUGGCAAAUUGCUUUUCGCACUCAGCAUCGGUGGCGGCAUUCUGAUGUGCGCUUGGGGACAUGGUGGCCGCUUGAAUGUGUUGCUGAGCGCGCGCCUCUUUCAGCUGCUGAAUAAAUUCUGCUUCAGCAUUUAUUUGCUAACGCCCAUAAUUACAUUGAUCAGCUAUGGUCUGCGCAAUGAGCCGACCAGCUUCAAUGAGAUUGCCUCCGGCUCGGACUUUAUUGCGGUGAAUGUGUUGGCGGUGCUAUCUUCGUUUUUGGCCUAUGUGCUGAUGGAAUUGCCCGUGCAAAGAGUGUGCAACAAAUUGUUGCAUACACGAAAAUAGACCAUGCCACGUGCGAGGCACACAUAUGUAUGUAUAUCAGUGAAAAGGACUUCAAGGAAGCUCAGGAAGCCCUGGAUAUGAGAGAUAUUUCAUGUACGUGUAUAUCAGAUAAGUUUUGUAGAAUAUAUUUUUUAUUGUUGUACUAUAUUUGUAUAAGUUUUUACAAGGUUUUGUUUGUAUUUCCAUAACAUCACUAGAUAUCCAUCACAAUAAAGAAAAAUUAAAAUA